CUUGCAUGUGCCCGCCCCGCAAAGCUCAAAUCCUGGACCGCAAUUGUUUUAUCCACUAGAGACACCACGUUCUCUUCACAUCAUCACUCACGAAGAUGCCCACUGCAACAUCCAAACAUGCCUCAGGCAAAAGGAAGCCAGAUACGAAUGCCUCCAAAGACGCCCAUUUGCCGAAACGACUUCGAAACAACAAUCCUAAGACUUCAACACCAGCUCUGCUAGCUCCCCACGAAACCAUCAUCGCUGAGCUCAACUCCAAAUAUGACAUCCUACCUGCUUCAGUUAUCUCAUCAACGAAAAUCAAGAAGCGCAUCAUGCAGGCCACAGAUCACAUAAUGACUGAAGGCGACCGACCUCGAGUAGCACUGCUGUAUGCGCGAACCGCCGAUGUUUGCAAGCUUAUCACAGUGGUGGAAACAUGCAAGCGGAUUGUCAGUGAGGAAGGGAAAGCAUAUUAUCAAUACAACCAGCUAUUUGACCAGCCAGAAAGGUCUAAAAGCAAGGAUAUUGUUGAAGAGACAAUUCUCGAAAAGAACAUCCAAGAAGACAAUGAUUCUGACAAUGACGACUUCGAGGUUAUGCACAGCCGUUUUGAAGACGCAGUGCUACCUCAGCCCUCGCCACGAUCUGUGAAAUCAAUGAGGGUUUUCAUCUCGACUAUGCCCAUACAGGAAUUGAAAAUAAAGAAGGGUGUUACUGUCCAGUCUGGUACAGCCAAGCAGGCUUGAUACAAUCCAGAUAAUUCUGUUCAGGCCGUUUUGUCUUCCUUAAUUUUUCUAACAUACUUGACUGAACGUUUCAAGAGAUGGUUCAUUGUUGAGUAAGUCGUUUAGCAAAUCACAAGAUACCCAGCGCAUGCAAAUAGAAUAUUCUCUUUUUGUGCCACUACAA